AUGACCAACCCACUGUUCAACACAACCGCUGACUCGCUUGUUGUUGAAAUCGACGGCGUGUCCACGUCGUUCCACUACAUCUGGCUCAGAGAUAACUGCCACUGCUCGAGCUGCUUUUACGACAUCACCAAACAGAGGCUUCUCAACUCAGCAACCAUCGACGAGAAGAUCCAUCCAGUCGAGUGCAAUUUCACCAAUGGCGCUUUUGAGAUUGUAUGGUCACAGGAUAACCACAAAUCAACGUACGAAUUGGACUGGUUGAGGCUCCACGCGUACAAUCCAAGAAUCGUGCCUUUGGAGGAUAAGCUCCAGGGAGAAAAAGACGUGUUGAAAAGAGAGCUCUGGAAGACCAAAGAUAUGGAGGGCAACAUGCCCAAGGUUGAUUACGGCGCCAUUAUGGCGUCAGACGAUGCUACCGACGGAGAGGCUGCGAUCAAGGACUGGUGCCUUAAGAUCUGGAAGUACGGCUUCACAUUAAUUGACCAUGUGCCUGUGACGCCAGAAGACACGGAGAUGUUGUGUGAGAAGCUCAUGUACAUUCGUCCCACUCACUAUGGCGGGUUCUGGGACUUCACGUCGGACUUGACCAAGAAGGACACUGCUUAUACGAACUUUGACAUUUCGUCUCACACCGACGGCACCUACUGGUCAGACACGCCAGGUUUGCAAUUGUUCCAUCUCUUGUUCCACGAUGGUGAGGGAGGAACCACCUCAUUGGUAGACGCUUUCCAGUGUGCCGAGCAGUUGAAAAGAGAAGACCCGGAGAGCUUCGAGCUCUUGACCAAGAUCCCGGUGCCUGCCCACUCUGCUGGAGAAGAGAAAGUGUGUAUCCAGCCAGACAUUCCUCAGCCGGUGUUCAAGCUUGACCACCAGGGCAACUUGAUUCAGGUUCGCUGGAACCAGAGCGACCGCUCGUGUAUGGACUCUUGGGACAACCCAGCUGACGUGCCUAAGUUCUACAAGGCGAUUCGCCAGUGGUACAAAAUUAUAAGCUCACCAGAAAACGAGAUUUUCUACCAAUUGAAGCCCGGUCAGUGCUUGAUAUUCGACAACUGGAGGUGCUUCCACUCGAGAACCGAGUUUACAGGAAAAAGACGCUUGUGUGGAGCGUAUAUUAACAGAGACGACUUCGUAUCGAGGUUGAAGUUGUUGAACUUGGGCCGUAAGGCCGUUUUGGACUCGAUUUAG